CUAUUUGCCUUCACCAACUUCACUUUCCCCCGCCAAUUCUCUGCCCCUUGCUGAUACGUGACCCUCGCUCUCCCCAGCUGUCGCUACAACCUUUAUUUACAGCUUCUUCGCCUCCGCCGUCCAGGCAUCUCUCCACCAUUGCUUUUUCCGCCAUUUUAACCCCGCACACCUCCUCUUCACUCGUACUGUUAUAGUAUUAUUCCCUCCAAUCCGUUCCGUUCCACCGGUACGCUACGCACCCUCCCGGGCUGUCCGUACUGCGCCGCCGCCGGCUGGUCUGGUCCUCAGCUCGCAUCUCGGGGACAUGUCGAAGAAAAUUGUGGUGAAGCUGGAGCUGAACAGCGGCAAGGAUAAGCAGAAGGCCAUGAAGGCCGUGUCGGCGCUCGUCGGCAUAGACUCGCUGUCGGUGGACAUGGCCACCCGCAAGAUGACGGUGAUCGGCAUGGUGGACCCGGUGGACGUGGUGAGCAAGCUGCGCAAGGCGUGGUCGGCGUCCAUCGACUCAGUCGGCCCGGCCAAGGAGCCCGAGAAGAAGGACGGGGACGGCAAGAAAGACGGCGCUGACGCCAAGAAGGAAGGCGAGGGGGAGAAGAAGGACGGCGACGGCAAGGACGGGGCCAAGAAGGAUGACGGCGAGGCGAAGCCGCCACAGCCGACGGAGCAGCAGCUCGCCGAGCUCAUGAACCAGUAUAGGUCGGCUUAUUCGGCUUACCACAACCCCUACAUGAACAACCACUACGUCGUGCAGAGCAUGGAGGAGAACCCCAACUCCUGCGCCAUCUGCUGAGAAAUGCACGGCGUAGUUAUGCAGAGUACGUAUGGAACAAAGACGCUGCCUGCUCUCUUUUGACGUGUAUGCCGUCUCUGUACAGAAUGCAGUUAUGAGGAAGGAGGACAUUCACGUGGAAAACUUUGCUGUAUGGGAGAAUUAUAACUGAAAUAAUGACAUGUGUCAGCAAUUUUGUUUUUUUUUC